CCGAGUAAGGUCCAAAUACUACACCGGGCGGGCAGGUGUGGGGGUGAAAGCUAGUUUUGCAAAAGAAGCACGCCGACAUGAUUGGCGCGCUCGUAUCUCACAUUACACAACCAGACCCGACUUGGUUUGUAUAUGGGUAUGCGCAAAAUCUUCGCCUCCGGCAUAUAGGCAGAUAAAACUACCGCGAUCCCUAGUCGCCGCUCCGACCCUCAGGUGCCGUGGUGGCUACCCAAGUAGCUACCCAAGUAGCUGCUUCAAGCCGUCACCUAGCGCAGCACAUCCAGCGUCAAGCCAUCGAGAAGCUUUCACGAGCACUCUGGGUCUCUUGGAAACGCUAGAGCUUCAAGAUCGCGGCCGCCCCUACCACAAUGCUGCCAGAGCUGCUCCACUCUAGCCUCCGUGCCCUCCAAGGGCCAUACCUGGUGCCGACCGCGCUGGGCGCCGCGCUCCUCUAUGUCAUCGCCUCGUACGCGGCCGCCUACCGCCGCCUGCGCCACUUCGACGGACCAUGGCUCGGCCGAUUCUCCAGCCUGUGGAUGCUGAGCCAGAUCCCCAAGAACCAACAGGGUCGCGUCUACGAGGAGGUGAUGCGCAAGUACAACCCCGACGGCCCCUUCGUCCGCGUGGGGCCCAACGACCUCGUCACCAACUCUCCCGACAUGCUGCGGCGCAUGGGCGGCGCCCGGUCCGCCUACAAGCGCAGCUCCUGGUACCGCGCCGUCAAGUUCAAUCCGUACGGCGACUCGAUGCUAAGCCUCAUGGACACGGCCGCCCACGACAGGCUCAAGGCCAAAAUGGCGUUCGCCUACGGCGGCAAGGAGGUCCCCGGCGUCGAGGGCCUGGUGGACGAGCAGCUCGCCAAGCUCGUAGACCUGAUCCGCCGCAAGUACAUCAGCGACGAGAAGGUGGUGGCCGGCGGGGCAUUCAAGCCCAUGAACCUAAACGACGUCAUUUCCUUCUUUACGCUCGACACCAUCGGCCGCCUCGCCUACGGCCAGCCCUUUGGUUACCUCGACGCUGACAAGGACUUCAACAACUACAUGGGGAUCGUCAAGCUUAGCUUGUACGCCAUCGUUGCCGGCUGCGAAGUUCUACCGCUGCAAUCUGUUCUUCUCAACCCGCUGUUCUUGAAAUUCUUUGGGCCCAAGUCCACCGAUAAAGAGGGCAUGGGGCGUUUGAUGAAAGUCGCCGAGGAUGUCGUCACAUCACGAUACGGACCCGAUGCCAAGGAGUCCCAAGACAUGGUGGGCUCCUUUAUCCGGCACGGCGUCACCCCGGAGGAGUGCGAGCAGGAGGUGCUGCUCCAGAUCCCCGCAGGCUCCGACACCUCGGCUGCCGCCAUAAGGACCACCAUCAUGAUGCUCUGCCAGAGCCCCUUUGCAUACGGCAGGCUGCUCCAGGAGAUUGACGAGACCGUCCGGGCGAACAGCCUCGGGGAGCAGCAGAUAUCACUGGAGCUGGCCAAGACGCUUCCUUAUUUGCAGGCCGUGAUAUACGAGGGCAUCCGCCUCAGCCCACCCUUCACGGGCCUCCUGAUGAAGGAGGUGCCCGCGGGCGGCGACACGGUCGAGGGCAAGUUCGUGCCCGCCGGCACGCGCGUCGGCGUGGCCAUCCGGUCCGUGAUGCUGCGCCCCGACGUCUUCGGCCCGGACUCGCGCACCUUCCGCCCCGAGCGCUUCCUCGAGUGCGACGAGGCCGCGCGCGCCCACAUGCAGCAGACGGUCGAGCUCGUCUUCGGCUACGGCCGCUGGAUGUGCGCCGGCAAGCCCAUCGCCUUCAUGGAGCUCAACAAGGCGUACUUUGAGCUCUUCCGCCGCUUCGACAUGCAGCUCGUCAACACGAGGGACCCAGGCCAGGAGAUCAGCAACAACAUCCACUUUCACGAAAAUCUGCUCGUCAAGGUGACCGAAAGGCAGCCUCGUGUCUGAGUGUCUGGGACUUCGUGGUUGGGUACUUGGGCGACGCAGAGCACUGGGCUACGAUCGGCUGAUAGGGAAUCGGAAUAUGGCACAUGGCAGGGAGGAUAACGGCGUUACGGAUGCCCGGCACCAAGCAGGGAACGAUAGCACGAGUCCGGACGCAGCGCAGGAAGCAGCUCUGUGAUGAAUAUUGCCUCUUCAAUAUCGAAUCAAUCGUGUACACCUUGGUCCAGCACAACCACGGACCGUGAGCGAAUCCGCGAUGUCUUCCGUUGCAACCAUAGCCCCCCAAGAGCAUAGGCUCCCGAUCAGAUUGAUUUUGAACGCGAUGAAUGCUUGUCGAAAGCAAAGACCACCGGCCAGGCGGAGUGCAACAAGCACCGCCCCGGCGAGGCGUGUGAACGCUGCCGUUGUGGCAGGUCUGAGCCUUGUCACACGUCCGACCGGCCUACGCCUCGUCGCCUCGUCUUCGUCGUGCCCGUCGCUACAUGUGUGCGUUGACUUUGAACGGACACUGCCCGGCGUUCAAAGGUGCUACUUCCGGCAAGGGUAGGCGGUUUAUCACUUUCGUUCCAGUCGUCAUGGCCAAGGGAUCAAAAACAAUCCAAGGCAAGGACCACGGCAAGAUCGACAGCUAGAUCACUAGUCUUUAGUGCCCCUUAACGCGGGAUCUAUUCCAAGCCAUCCGAGCGAUCACUGACAUCAUCCAAUCUCAUUUCGUGAUCUGUCAUGGCGAUCCUUUCUCUCUCCGACUGUGGGGCGGACGUGCACCACUUUACGCCCUAGCCACCACGCGCAACAGCCCCAUCAAGACCCCCCCAGAGGAAGACGAAUUCUGGUCGCAUUGGUUCACAG